CGGGCCGGCGCUGUGUGUCGCGAGCCUGCGCAUGUUAGCCGUGCGGUGGUGAAGGCUUUGUCGCGGUGCGAGAUGCGACGGAUGCGCUGCGCCAACUGCCCUCGCGGCGGCCGUGCAGCGGCCGCUGGCGGUCGCAGAGCGCGAGCCAGGCGAGAGCGCGUCUGCGCAGGUGGAUGAGUGGACGACAACUGUUGGAGGACGUACCGAGAAAUCUGGGACCGCAGGCAACGUCGGUCACGAGAUUUUGUGGUGGUGAGGGCGCGCGCUGGUCGUGGGAUUCGCUCUGGGGCCUUAGCCUGUCUUACCUGGGACUGCGGUGGGUGGCUUGGGGGCCCUGGUGCUCCACGAGGCCGUGGUGGUGCAGACUCGUGAUAACGUCGAUAGCUGCGCCGUGGUGGUGCAGGUUGAUUGGGCGUGCGGCGGGCUGGUGGGUGAAGGAGACAGAGAGUGGAUUGGGUGUGGGAGCGAGGCGACUAGGGAUUUUAUUCGACCGCCAGCGCUGAAAGCCCGCUGCGCCGCCCUAUGGCCGCCGUCCGUGCCUGGGAAAAGCGAUAUCUGCAGCCAGCCAGAAGC